AGCCGACGCGAUUUUUUUCGUCUAAGUUCCAAGGGAAGUGAACUAGACUACAACCAAGGAAAAAGUGCUACCAGGGUGCUCGCUCGUCACCAACAACUGGCUACGCCUUCACUUCUGUUUGCUUGAAACAACCUCAGCCUAUACUUCUGUCGUGGCGCAAAACUUCGUUGUAGCGGCGCUCACAAGAACGCUGCAAAAGAUCGCUUUGAAAAAAUAAAUGCCGAGGAUGAGGAUGAAAAAGACCACCACUUUCACUUUGCUCGCCGGCGCGCAGCUGGCGGCGGCCUUGAAGCAGGCCGGUGAAGAGGCGGGCGAAGGGCAGAAGAUGGCGAUAGGGUCGGCCGGCGAAGGGGCGGUCCGUGUCGUCCAUUCCCCGCGCACGAACGAGAUGAGGGAGGACCGGGCAGGUACGUCGGCGCGUCACAGUAAUAUAUCAUGCUUGAGGCUUGAGCUUACUAUAAGCGUGCUGCAUCUUGACUUUUGUUUCCAUGGUGAAAGCUUUUGUACAUUAUUUGAGCAGCUGCAGUAUUAUGUCGCUUGCAACUUUAUCAUCUUUUCCCAUGUUGGCCACCAAUUCCAUCCUGCUCCACUUCACAGGCAAAAAAGCGGGGCGCUCGAAGACGCAGUCCUUCAAUGAAGAUGGCAUCAUGGAAUAUCCCACGACAGAAAUAGCUAGCAGUAGCACAUCAUCAACACGAAAAGUAAAAUAAAACCUUAUGUCCUCUUAGAUACUAGCCUACGCGCAAUGCAGCUCAAGUCCGACCCAUGACCGUCCGAUAAUUCAGAUCAUUGAUUUAUGACUCUGUUUUCUGCUGCAUUUAAUAAAUACGGGCAUAUUGCCUGUUGCCAUGCUAUUGCUAGUUUUUUUUCUGUGUGAUCCUGACCACGACGACGAGCCGCCAUACAUCAAUACGAUGAAAAUUCAUCUCGGGCGCGACGCCGCAGCACGAGCAGAAGAUUCGGCAACAACACACGCCGACAUGACCGUUCCGCCGAUCAGUAUUCGGCUGACCAUGCUGAACCCGUUCGGCACUGGGUAUCUGGAAGAAGUUUCGGAAACCCCAGUAUCCGACGCCACGGACGGGAAGGAACCGGGUGAGGACGGGUUUCUCGAGGUUGUGGAUGAAAAUGUGAAGGACCUUGCGGAAGCGAAAAUUGACGCUCCUGAGGCAGCCCCAGCCAUUGUCUGGAGUGUCGACACCAACACCACACAGCACUCCGCCUCGACUUCAGUGACUGACGUGAACCUGUUGCAACCAGAACAAAUCGAAGAUUUUAAGAAACAAGCAGCACCAGAACAAGAACACCAUCGACAGGAGUCCGCUGCCUGGUCGUGGCCGUCUUUGUUUGGAGACGACAAGACUCCAAGAACCGUGGCGCCAGAUACCAUCACCGUUACCGUUUUCGACAGCUCGGAAGCACAACUGAUUUGCACCGCGACGAUCCACCCGCCCAAAAGGAGAUCCUCCGGCGGCUGCAACCCGGUGACCAUGUUUGCCCGGACGGCAUCGUUCGGGGCGAGUCAGCUCGGGAUCGGGUUUGAGUUUGCCGUCGAUUUGGACCAGAGCAGCAUGACCUUUACUUCCACGGGCAUCGAUUGGGGAAGUACGGACCGCUACGUCGGAGUGGCGAAAACGUUUUUUCCCGGGCUCGGGCAGCGGCCGCAAGAGGCGGUGUUGAGAUUCGCAUUUCCCGGACGAGUUGACGGAGGUGGGAGCGGGGGGAAGGAGGAGUGGAAACUUUUUACCCGGGACCUGCAUAUACAGGUCAAACUGUAGGAAGAUGAGCUGGCGAAUCAAAAUGAGUUGCGCAACCGUAAAUAAUGAUAAAAGAGGUUGUUUAUACUUAGACUCGAAAACAAAAUGCUGCCUAUCUAAUCUAGGCAAGGAGUUUUCGUCUAUAUAUCAUUCUGAUUAUUUUCACUUGUUCUUGUUGUUCUCUCGAACACCAAAAUAAAUCAGCUUGUCUGCGAGUCGUAAAUUCAACGGCAAACUUUGACUUUCACUGUGUGGUCAGCGUGUAAGAGAAGAAACUUACACACACCCCGAGGAGUGAUUUUUUACAUCGAAAACGGGGGUGGGCCUCGCACGCUCUCGCUUUUCGUAGCAUUUUGAAGCGGAUGAUGAACUCGAAUGCAAGCAGCACCCGAGGCGCGCUUGGCGUGGUGCGCAGUCCAAGAAAACAAGAAUGGUAGAAAGCAUUCGCCAUGGCAGUGG